AAUUUGCCUUCUUUACUCUCCGUUGCGGAGAAAGAGAACAUACAACACAGAGAUAUCUCUGUGUUUUGUUUUCCUUUUCUUCUUCUUUUUUUUCUCUUCCCAGAAACAUAACACUUUCAGCUGCUUGAGUGUAUUCAGAGAAUUUUGUCUUCUAUUAUUUUAUUUAUUUAUUCGAUGGUCCUGAAUCGAAGAGGACCCACGGAAGAUUCUCAUGAGAAUCGAAGCAAAUUCCGAUUUUGGUUGUGAAGAUCUGGGCUUGAGAGGAUACAUAUAGAUAUUUCUGGGUUUUAUAUGUGUUGAGAGGAUCAAAUUUUGUUGUUAAAAAAAUGGCGGCAAGAGUAGAAGCAGCAACAAUGGGUGGUGAGAUUGAUGAAGAGAGUGAUGAGAGAGGUAGCAUGUGGGAUUUGGACCAGAAGCUUGAUCAAUCAAUGGAUGAAGAAGCUGGUCGCCUCAGGAACAUGUACAGAGAAAAGAAAUUCUCGGCUUUUCUGCUUCUGCAGCUUUCUUUUCAGAGCCUCGGUGUUGUUUAUGGAGAUUUAGGGACUUCUCCUCUCUAUGUUUUCUACAAUACAUUCCCUCAUGGGAUCAAAGAUCCUGAAGAUAUCAUUGGAGCUCUUUCUCUCAUCAUAUAUUCACUCACACUCAUUCCUCUCCUCAAAUACGUUUUCGUUGUAUGUAAAGCAAAUGAUAAUGGUCAAGGAGGAACAUUUGCUCUGUAUUCAUUACUAUGUAGACAUGCAAAAGUGAAAACGAUCAGGAACCAGCACCGUACUGAUGAAGAGCUAACUACUUAUAGCCGUUCUACGUUUCAUGAGCAUUCUUUUGCUGCCAAAACCAAAAGGUGGUUAGAAAAACGGACAUCUAGGAAAACCGCACUUCUUAUCUUAGUUCUUGUCGGUACGUGUAUGGUCAUCGGCGAUGGUAUUCUUACUCCCGCCAUUUCUGUUCUCUCAGCUGCUGGUGGGCUUAGAGUAAACCUUCCUCAUAUAAGCAAUGGUGUUGUUGUUCUUGUUGCCGUCAUUAUAUUGAUCAGCUUGUUUAGUGUACAGCAUUACGGAACAGACCGGGUUGGUUGGCUUUUUGCGCCUAUUGUUUUCCUCUGGUUUCUCUCUAUAGCAAGUAUCGGUAUUUACAACAUAUGGAAACACGACUCUGAUGUCUUGAAAGCUUUCUCCCCGGUUUAUAUAUACCGGUAUUUUAAACGAGGAGGUCGAGAUCGCUGGACAUCUCUUGGAGGCAUUAUGCUUAGUAUAACAGGAAUCGAAGCACUCUUCGCUGAUUUAUCACACUUUCCGGUUUCUGCAGUGCAAAUCGCUUUUACCGUAAUUGUGUUUCCUUGCCUUCUUUUGGCUUAUAGUGGACAAGCUGCAUACAUUAGGAGACACCCUGAUCAUGUGGCUGAUGCGUUUUACCGUUCCAUUCCAGGAAGUGUAUAUUGGCCAAUGUUCAUCAUUGCAACAGCUGCAGCGAUUGUUGCGAGCCAAGCCACAAUAUCGGCAACAUUCUCUUUAAUCAAGCAAGCUCUAGCACACGGUUGUUUUCCAAGGGUCAAAGUGGUCCAUACUUCUCGUAAAUUCCUCGGUCAGAUUUACGUUCCAGACAUUAACUGGAUCUUAAUGAUCCUCUGCAUCGCCGUCACUGCUGGAUUCAAGAACCAGAGUCAAAUAGGAAACGCUUACGGGACAGCAGUUGUUAUCGUCAUGCUUGUGACAACGCUGCUUAUGACGCUGAUCAUGAUCCUCGUGUGGCGUUGCCAUUGGGUUCUUGUUCUUCUUUUUACCAUCCUCUCGCUUGUCGUGGAAUGCACUUACUUCUCGGCUAUGCUUUUUAAAGUUGACCAAGGUGGUUGGGUUCCGUUAGUGAUCGCUGCAGCUUUUCUCCUCAUCAUGUUGGUAUGGCACUACGGAACUUUGAAGAGGUACGAGUUUGAGAUGCACAGUAGAGUAUCAAUGGCUUGGAUCAUAGGACUUGGUCCUAGCCUUGGCCUUGUUCGUGUUCCAGGGGUUGGCCUCGUUUACACUGAGCUAGCCAGUGGAGUUCCUCACAUUUUCUCUCAUUUCAUCACGAAUCUUCCGGCUAUUCACUCCGUGGUGGUGUUUGUAUGCGUCAAGAACCUCCCUGUUUACACCGUCCCUGAGGAAGAACGGUUCCUCGUUAAAAGAAUUGGUCCGAAAAACUUCCACAUGUUCCGUUGCGUAGCAAGGUAUGGAUAUGGAGACUUGCACAAGAAAGACGAUGAUUUUGAGAAACGCCUCUUCGAGAGUCUCUUCUUGUUUGUCCGUCUUGAAUCCAUGAUGGAAGGAGGAUGUUCGGAUUCUGAUGAAUACAGCAUCUGCGGAAGCCAGAAUCAGGCUAAAGACAAGCUCGGAGAUUGGAACAAGGACGAGAAUGUGGCGACGUUUGAUACGUUUGACUCGAUAGAGUCGAUAGGGCCGCCGGUGAAAAGAGUGAGCCACACGGUGACGGCGUCGAGCCAGAUGAGCGGUGGAGUAGACGAGCAGGAGUUCAUAAAUAGGUGUCGUGACGCGGGAGUGGUGCAUAUAAUGGGAAACACGGUGGUUCGAGCGAGGAGGGAAGCGAGGUUCUACAAGAAGAUAGCCAUUGAUUAUGUGUAUGCGUUUCUUAGGAAGAUUUGUAGAGAGCAUAGUGUUAUCUUCAAUGUUCCUCAGGAGAGCCUUUUGAACGUUGGUCAAAUUUUCUAUGUAUAAAUGACAUAUGUGUAUAUAUAUGCAUGUGUUGUUUUAUCCCUGUUUGUAUGUAAUGAUGUCUAUCAUGUUGUAUAGUUUA